CAUUUUAACCUAUCAGAGAAGUGAAGAAACUCCGUAGAAAUGGGAAGUCGAAUGGGAGGACGAGUGGUCCACUUCGCGAACCUCCCGAUCAAGCUUCUGAUGCCGACAAAGCUCACGAACAUCCACGAGUUCGCGCUGAAAACGAUCCCAUCGGCGACCAAGAUCGAGAUCAAGAGAGUCUUGGAGUCUCUCUACGGGUUCGAGAUCGAGAAGGUGAACACUCUAAACAUGGACGGGAAGAAGAAGAAGCGCGGCGGGCUGCUGAUAGCCAAGGCUGACUACAAGAAGGCUUACGUCACGCUCAAACACCCUCUGUCGAUCUCAAGUGAUCUGUUCCCCGUGAAGUUCAUCGAGGAAGACAGGAAGAGCAAAGUGAAAGGAUCUAGCUUUGUGGAGGAGGAAGGUGAUAAGAAGAGUCAUUGGCUUGAUCAGAAGGAGAAGAGGGAGAUCGGCGGUUACAGUGGUGGUAAAGCUCGUCGCGGCGGUGGUGGUGGGAGAGUGAAUUCGCCGGCGAGAGGUGAGGCGGAGGCGGGGGCGAAGUUUCCGUGGAGUAAUAUGAGGUUUAGUGGAAAGUAAGGGCUUUUCGGUAAUUUUCUAUGACCAAACUGGUUUUGUGUUUCAUUUAGCUGUCGGAUUUAUUAUUAUGGACUUUUAUUAUGGACUUCUGUGGCUUUGGCAAAUAAAGUCUUCAUCUUUCUCUACGUAAUGAUGAUUAUGAAACACAUUUGGCCUAUGAUAUGAUUUGAUAAGCUUUGUCCUUAAACUACAAAUGUGUAAGAAGAAUGCAUCAGUGUGUGUAUGAUUCCUUACUA